AUGCCUCCACCCGUCUGGUCUGUACCAGACUACCUGGAUGCGCGGUCGUUAGGAGACUUGGACCAGUCUCAAGAUUUGGUCAGAAGAGUCAAUGUGCCGAUCAACAGCACAACGCCGCCGGCGCUCGAGGAGGCUAUCCAGCAGGACCCUUUCUCACAAGCCGGCAAAUAUGGCCUGCUCUUCGUCUACUUCGCCGUCAUCCUGCUAGUCGCGACUGCAUUCAUGCGCGUCUUUCACUACUGGGGCGACAAGAUCCGGACCGCCCUACACAAAGAAGAUCUGAUCGAAUCGGCAAAGGAAUGGAGCGCCAACUCAGCUAUCCCAGACACCGAUUCCGUCAUGCCAACGAGCUCGCAAACCGACGGCUCAACCAGACACUUCUUUCCAGCGACUGGCCCCCUCGUGCCCCAAAAACCGAAAAAGCAGGCGGCCGUAUCAGCGAUCGCCCCCAUUAACAACAUCAUUGCUGUCUUCCGUUGGGUGUUCUACCGUCCCAUUCCGCCACUGCAGAUAUGGAAAUUCCGUUUCGUCUUCCCAUCGCUGAAUGUCAUCGCAGUGGUCUUGGCCGCAGCGAUCUCGUCUCUGUUGUACUGCUUCCUUCCACAGCCGUACUUCUAUGCCUCCAUGUCGUACGGUUCGCCGCCGUUGGCAAUCCGAGCAGGCAUGAUCUCGGUGUCACUUCUUCCCUGGAUCGUGGCAACCUCGGCGAAAGCCAAUAUCCUCACCUACCUGACAGGCAUCGGACACGAGCGGCUGAAUGUCCUCCAUCGAUGGGCGGCCUACUUGUGUGCCGUGUUUGCCGCCAUUCAUGCAGUACCAUACUGGUGGCAAUCAGUCCGAGACGAGAGUGGAUUUACCAUCUUCAAACUCUAUUUCAACCAGCAGUACUACAUCUAUACCACAGGUAUCGCGGCAGUCGCGCCUCUGAUCUUCCUGGUGCUUCACUCUCUGCCGAUCAUGCGUGCCAGGCUGUACGAGUUCUUCGUCAUUCUGCAUGCACCAGUUGCAUACGCCUUCGUUGGGCUGCUGAUGUGGCACUGUAACAACUAUCUCACGUCUUGGAGCUAUCUCUACACCACAAUUGCACUCUUGGCGCUGUCCCUCGUUUCGCGCGCCUUCUACUUGAACUGGAUGAACCCACUGCGCAAUUCAUUCCUUAUCGGAGAGGAAUCGGCUGUUACCAUCCUGCCAGAGAAUGCCGUCAAAGUCACGAUUCCAACCCAGAAGCGAUGGAAACCAGGACAAUACGCCUAUCUGCGUAUGCCGGGCGUUGCACUCUUCGAAAAUCAUCCAUUUACCAUCGCUUCGCUGUGCAGUGAAGACUUCCCUUCAGAAUACGGCGAGCAGUAUCGUGACAUGAUGCUAAUCUUCCGCCCGUUUGGUGGAUUCACACGCAAGCUUUACGACACUGCUCUCAGGAAGGGCCCGCACAAGACUUACCGCGCUUACGUGGACGGCCCAUAUGGCGGCACACAACGGCAAAUGUCCAGCUUUGACAACGUGGUUUUCUUUGCUGGUGGCUCCGGAAUCACCGCCAUUGCGUCGCAGGUCCUGGACCUCGUGAAGCGCAUGCGCGACGGCAAGGCAACGACCACCAGUGUCACAGUUGUGUGGGCCAUGAAACGACCUGAGCUAAUGGAAUGGUUCAAGGAGGAGCUCCGAAUCUGCCGUGAACACGCUCCCCCAGGUUCGAUGCAAUGUCACUUUUUCAUCACUGCUGCGAAGCGCUAUGAGAACUUUGGGGCGCAGCCACCGAGGGAGUCGCAGCGAUACAGUGGCUUCAAGGAGAAGAUCAAUGAUGCGCUCCAGGGUGUGGCAUCAAAGCGCAACUCUGCUCUCAUAGAGCAACACCCUGAUCAGAAGCCGUCUCCGGAGUUCGAUGCCAUGACUGCCCUUCCACAGGCGGCCUACCUCUCACCCGACAGUGCGCGUCGUCCGCAGCCAUCGCCAACGACGGCGCAGUACUUUCCACCACCUCCUACGACUAAUCGCCAGAGCACCAUCUCGAUGGCACAAAAUGACGCUAUUCGGCGGUUUGAUUUCGGCUUUCCCCAGACGCCGACAGCAUUUCAGAAGAAUCUCAUGCGCUUCGCCUUUCUGCCCACCACGAUACGGCGUGACGGAUGGCGAACAGAGUACGGUCGGCCCGACAUCCCAUACUUGUUGAAAGGUCUGGCACGCGAGUUUGGAAGGCGGAGCUGUGUGUUCGUUUGUGGACCUCCACAAAUGCGAGUGGACGUAUCGAGAACGGUUGCCGACCUGCAGAAGGAGGUCUGGAGCGACUCGGCGAAAGACGAGAUAUACCUACAUGCCGAAAAUUACGCUCUCUGA